AUGCCGACAACCAUUGCGUGCCUCUUGACAGUGUUCUUCAUCGUCGCCACUGUCUCGUCAGCAAAAAAGAAUCUCAUAGUUGACACAGACCUAUUCAGUGAUUGCGAUGAUGCCGCGGCUCUUCUUCUCGGUGCCACAUCUCCAGAUAUCAACCUCCUGGGAGUCAACAUCAACUCCCAAUCCUCCUAUUCAGUGCUAGCAGCAUCCGCCAUCCUCAACCAUUAUGACCAUGCUCAAGUCCCCGUCGGUGCCCGCCGUCCGCUGAACGACGUCCCAUUCUUCGACAAUUGGGCCAAGCGGGCCGGCGAGUUCGCCAGUAAGCUGGCAACGUACUGGUCGGAGAGCAUCUCCGACGCCGAGGAAGCCUGGGACCCCGUCGACCUCUACCGCAAGCUCCUCUCCGAGGCGGAAGACGACUCCGUCACCAUAGCCUCCAUCGGUUUCCUGCACAACCUCUCCGGGCUCCUCAACUCCACCGCGGAUGCACGGUCCGCACUGUCCGGCCCCGAGUUAGUCGAGGCCAAGGUCAAGGAGCUCGUCGUCAUGGGCGGGGAUUACCCAAACGGAUUCGAAUUCAACUUUUGGGGCGACGAUCCCUAUCAGACAGCACAUGUGAUUCACAACUGGACAAGUUCCAUUGUCUACGCCGGGUUCAAGCUUGGGGGUUCAGUUCGCUCAGGCGGCCCCCUCAUGGCUGACGGACCGAAGACUGACCCUGUACGGGCAGCGUAUAUACUCUACACAUAUUACCAGCCGCAGUGGUCUUUCGAUCCGGUCGCGAUGCUUUAUGCUGUGGGAGGACUCGGCGAGUUUUUCAAGUUUGGCAACGAAUAUGGAUACAAUACUAUCACUCUGUACGGAGAAGGCAAGUGCAAUGGUUGCAAUGUCUGGGUGCAUGACAAGAACGUUACGAAUCAGCACUGGCUUGAUGUUACAGUCAGCCACGAUAAGCUCGGUGAGGAGCUGGAUAGACGGUACUUGCAGGGAGCAAGGUCUUCCAAGAGAUCUUCCGAUCCCGUUGGAAUUCUGCCCAAAUUUGGUGAUUGUAGAAUCGGAAAAGCCCCGAGCCCACCAGAAAGACUAGAGUUAUGA